UGGUAUUUGCCUAAUGGGUAGUAGACAGCGAAACAGAAAAAAGGAAAAAAUAAUUAUCGACGAUUCUUCCAGAAAACAAAAUAAAAAGAGAUCGGUUCGGAACUACGGUGAGGUAGAGAGAAAGAGAGAAGCAAAAAAUGUCGUCGUUUUUGCAAUCAUUUCUGGAUCCGAAGAAGAGCUGGUUGGCAGCUCUGCACAUGAAAGCCCUCUCCACCCGCCUCCGCAAAUAUGGCCUUCGCUACGACGAUCUUUACGAUCCUUACUACGAUCUGGAUAUCAAGGAGGCGUUGAAUCGGCUGCCACGUGAGAUCGUCGAUGCCCGUAACCAACGCCUUAAGCGUGCCAUGGACCUCUCUAUGAAGCACAAGUAUCUCCCCAAAGAUCUUCAGGCUAUGCAGACACCAUUUCGGAGCUAUCUUCAAGAUAUGCUUGCUCUUGUGUCUUCAAUUUGUUAUACGGCUAUCUUAUAGGAAGGUCAUACACUCAUGUCCCUACCUUAUGAGGUGUCAAAUAAAUUUCCUGCAUGCAUACUUUAGAAAAACUGAAGAGUUGGAGAUUUGGAGUAACAUUCACAUGAUGUGAACAGUAAUCUGUACACUGCAGUAAUUAGUAUGUUUCUAUCUAGUUAUGUAGAACAAUUUUGCUAGUACUUGGUGUAUUCCGACAAAUAAAUGGAUAAAGUAAUAGGAUUCAAAUUUCAUAUUUUCUAUUUUAUUAUCUAACUAGGGAACUAUUGCUCAUGCUGCAUUUAUUGUAUUCAUUUCCUCCGUUUCACUACCGAGACUAGUUUGUUUCUAUAAGACCCUAAUUCCUUAUAAUUAUAUUUCAGAUGAUUCUGAUUGUUA